AUGAUCAUCGAAAAUUAAAGAUGUUUUGGAAAGGAAAUAGCAAAUUCAAGUGUGCAUCAAUCCAAGGAAAUAGGUAUGAUCGUAGAAAAACAUAAAAAACCCUUUUCCAUAAUUCCAAAGGUCUUUACUACAAGUUUGGAUGAUAAAGAAAAUAAAUUGUUUAGAAGAGAAUCAGAAAAAAUACCAAUCGAAAUAGAAAUAGACAAGAGUAAGGAACACCUAAAUCCAUAAAAAGUAGAAUUAUAUUCGAAUGAAAUUUUACAACACUUGCUGAUGGAGGAAAAUAAAUACACAAUAAAUUAGUAUAUGACACCUGAGUAAUAGCCAGACAUCAAUCUUAAGAUGAGAGCCAUUCUAGUGGAUUGGUUAGUUGAUGUCCAUGCUAAGUUCAAGUUGAAGGAUGAAACUCUUUACAUCACAAUUUCAUUAAUCGAUCGAUAUUUGUCUUUGGCUCAAGUCACACGAAUGAGAUUGCAGUUGGUAGGUGUGGCAGCCUUGUUCAUCGCUUGUAAAUACGAAGAAAUAUACCCUCCUGCAUUAAAGGAUUUCGUUUACAUCACAGACAAUGCAUAUGUGAAAAGUGAUGUUCUUGAAAUGGAAGGCUUAAUGUUAUAGGCAUUAAAUUUCAACAUAUGUAAUCCAACUGCCUACUAAUUUUUAUAAAAAUACUCGACGGACUUAGAUCCGAAAAAUAAAGCGUUAGCUUAAUAUAUACUGGAAUUGGCUUUAGUUGAAUAUAAAUUUAUUAUAUAUAAACCAUCUUUAAUUGCUCAAUCCGUUAUAUUUUUAGUUAACAAGAUUAGGACUCCGACUCAUAAGACAUAGAAUGAGAAUCAAUUGAAGCCUUGUGCCAAAGAGUUAUGCACAUUACUUUAAACUGCGGAUCUAAAUUCUUUGUAAGCAGUCCGAAAGAAAUUCAAUGCUACUAAAUUUUUUGAAGUUUCGAGAAUUAAAGUAGAAAAAACAAACAACUGAUUUUAAUUUAAAAUGUCUUGUUUCUUUGACUUUCACUCAAA